AUGAAUGUAGUGCAGAACAUGUCCACGAGGAGCCCGGAGACGAGAGGGGAGGCCUGGACGAGCUUGGCGACGGCAUCGCGGACGUGGGAUUUGUAUGAGUCCAUGAAGAAUUUGACGACGUCUUUCACGGUGGAGUCGACGGCGGCGUCGUUGGGAGGGAGGUCGACGAACUUGACCCGGUCGGAGAGCGCGGCGGCGGCGAGGGAUUUGGUGUGGCUGGCGUAG